AUGAUGAAGAUACAUAUUGUGUUGUUUGCUCUAUUAAUCUUUGUUACCACUGCUUUUGGAAAUUUUUACGAUGAUUUCGACAUCACAUGGGGAGACGGCCGUGCGAAAAUAUUAGACAACGGGAAGCUUCUCACGUUGUCCUUAGACAGGGACUCCGGUUCUGGUUUUAGGUCCAAACGGCAAUACAUGUUUGGGAAAAUCGACCUGCAGCUAAAGCUCGUUCCUGGUAAUUCCGCAGGCACAGUCACUACCUAUUACUUAUCUUCGUUGGGCUCGACUCACGAUGAGAUCGACUUUGAAUUUCUUGGGAAUCUAAGUGGGCAACCGUACAUUCUCCACACGAAUGUAUUCGCGGAAGGCAAAGGCGGUCGAGAACAACAGUUUUAUCUGUGGUUUGAUCCUACGAAGGACUUCCACACCUACUCCAUCCUAUGGAACCCUCAAACCAUCAUAUUCUCAGUAGAUGGUAUUCCAAUCAGACAAUUCAAGAACCUCGAGUCAAAAGGCAUACCUUACCCUAAGAACCAGCCCAUGUGGAUAUACUCGAGCCUUUGGGAUGCGGACGAUUGGGCCACAAGAGGUGGGCUCGUGAAGACCGAUUGGAGCCAGGCCCCUUUCACGGCCUCAUACGCAAACUUCAGUGCACUGGCCUGUGCAGAUGCCACCGGUUCUUGCUCACAAAAUUCGUCGGCCGAUUCUUGGUUUUCACAGUCACUAGAUUCAAGUGGCCAGGGGACAAUAAAAUGGGUGCAAAAAAACUACAUGAUUUACAACUAUUGCACGGAUUAUAAGCGCUUUCCGCAAGGGUUCCCAUUCGAAUGCUCCGUUGCAUGA